AUGAGUGGAGCAGAGAACAAAGUUGCUGACCACCUUUCACGGAUCCUACAAGAAGAAGAAGGAGCACACCAUCUUGCAGUGAAUGAAAGCUUCCCAGAUGAGCAAUUGAUGGUGAUACAAGAGACCCCUUGGUUUGCUGACAUAGCCAAUUUCAAGGCCAAUGGGGAACUACCAACCAACAUCAACAAACACAUGAGGAGAAAGCUCAUCAAAGAUGCCAAAUACUAUAUCUGGAAUGAGCCAUAUUUGUUCAAAAAGUGUGCUGAUGGGAUCUUAAGGAGGUGUAUAUCCCAUGGAGAAGGACAAGAGUGGGUGGAGGCUAUUACCACCGCCACAAAUGACAAUAAGGUCGUAAUGAGCUUCUUAAGAAAGAACAUUUUCAGCAGGUUUGGAGUUCCCAGAGCACUCAUUAGUGAUGGAGGGACACAUUUCUGCAAUAAACAACUAGAAGCACUCCUUCUCAGAUAUAUAGUCAAACACAAGGUGGCAAUCCCUUAUCAUCUGCAGACCAACGGGCAAGCAGAGAUUUCCAACAGGGAGCUAAAAAGGAUUCUUGAAAAAAUUGUUGAAAGCUCAAGGAAGGACUGUUCUAAGAAGCUAGACGAUGCUUUAUGGGCCUACAGGACAGCCUUCAAGACCCCCAUUGGGAUGUCACCAUACCAAUUGGUAUUUGGCAAGGCUUGCCACUUGCCAGUUGAACUAGAGCAUAGAGCCUUCUGGGCUCUAAAACUACUAAACUUUGAUGAGCAAGCUGCUGGAGAAAAGAGGCUAAGGCAACUCAACGAGCUGGAAAAAUUUAGGAACCAAGCAUAUGAGAAUACAAAGAUCUACAAAGAGAACACAAAAAAAUGGCAUGAUCAAAAGAUAGCAAGGAGGGAGUUCACUGAAGGACAAAAGGUGUUAUUGUACAAUUCUAGACUUAGGUUCUUCCCUGGGAAGCUUAAGUCUAGAUGGUCUAGACCCUUCACCAUCAUCAAAGUGUACCCCUAUGGUCAAGUGGAGCUCAUGGAGGACAAAACACAGAGAACCUUCACUGCAAAUGGCCAUAGACUCAAGCAUUACCUGGGGGACUCACUGGAUGAAAAGAGAGUGAGCUACCACCUCAACUAA